CCGCUACGGUCAUACUGCCCUGCACAUCGUCAUCAGAAAGGGACAAAAACCGGAGAAAUGGCUGGCGAGGAUCUGAUUGCCCGUUUCCAGGGGCUCGGCAUGAGCGAGCAGAAGGCGAAAGAGACACUGAAGAAUGCCAACGUGACAAAGAACCUUCAAUUGGCAUUGGCAGCGGCGGGGACUGCUGCCUUGUCCGACGGUACCGGUAUGUUGAUCUACCACAUGGCCACCAAGCUAAAGCCACAAGUUGCGGAGCAGCUUCCUCUCUUGGUGCGCUAUAUAGUGGAGCGCAAGCUUGACAACACGCAGCGCGUUGACGCCGCCUUGGAGUACUUGCUUAAGUGCGGCCAGAGCCUAAAGGCCAACAUAGAUGUCAAGGAGCUAGAGAAGGAGUGCGGCGUGGGAGUGGUGGUCACUCCGGAGCAGAUCGAGCGCACUGUCCAGGACAAGAUUAGGGCCAGCUACAAGGAAGCCUUGCUGGAGCAGCGCUACCACUUCAACUCCUUCAAAAUCCUGCAGGAUGUUCGUGGCGAUCUUAAGUGGGCGGAUGCCAAGUCCGUUAAGGCGGCCAUUGAUGUGGAGAUCUUCGAUCUACUUGGUCCCAAGACUGAAGCUGAUUUAAAGCCUCCCACAAAGCAGAGCGAAAAGCCAAAGGCAGCGAAACCCAAACCGGAAGCAGCUCCUUCAGCUCAAGCCGCUGAAGAAGCUUCCGAUGGAGCCACCACCAUUGCCGAACUCAUGAAGACCAAAGUACACUUCCAUGCCCCUGGCGAGAACUUCAAGGCUGAUGGGUAUGUGGUCACUGAGCACACAGAGCGGCUGCUGAAGGAACACCUUACAAGGACUGGCGGCAAGGUGCAUACUCGGUUUCCACCGGAACCAAAUGGCAUUCUGCACAUCGGUCAUGCCAAGGCCAUUAACAUAAAUUUUGGAUACGCGGCUGCCCAUGAUGGAGUCUGUUAUCUGCGCUAUGACGACACCAAUCCCGAAAAGGAGGAGGAAAAGUUCUUUUUGGCCAUUAAGGAGAUGGUGGAGUGGCUGGGCUACAAACCAUACAAGAUCACUUACUCCUCGGACAACUUCCAGCAACUAUACGAGUGGGCUGUGAUCCUAAUCAACAAGGGAUUGGCCUACGUGUGUCACCAAAAGGCGGAGGAACUGAAGGGUUUCAACCCAAAACCCAGUCCCUGGAGGGAGCGUCCCAUCGAGGAGUCACUGAGGCUCUUCGAGGACAUGAAACGCGGCAAGAUCGACGAGGGAGCGGCCACGCUCCGCAUGAAGGUUACCCUUGAGGAAGGCAAGAUGGACCCGGUCGCGUAUCGCAUCAAGUUUAUUGCCCAUCACCGCACGGGAUCCGACUGGUGCAUCUAUCCCACUUACGAUUAUACACAUUGUCUGUGCGACUCACUUGAGGACAUCACCCACUCGCUGUGCACUAAGGAGUUUCAGUCGAGGCGUUCCUCUUACUACUGGCUGUGCAACGCCCUCGGCAUAUACUGCCCGGUGCAGUGGGAGUACGGUAGAUUGAACAUGAACUACGCCCUCGUUUCGAAGCGCAAGAUUGCCAAGCUGAUCACGGAGCAGAUUGUCCACGAUUGGGACGAUCCCAGGCUGUUUACUCUUACGGCCCUGAGGAGAAGGGGCUUCCCCGCAGAGGCAAUCAACAACUUCUGCGCCCAGAUGGGCGUGACUGGAGCCCAGAUUGCAGUGGAUCCCGCCAUGCUGGAGGCGUCCGUGCGGGAUGUACUCAACAUAACAGCUCCGCGUCGUUUAGUUGUCCUGGAACCUCUUAAAGUGACUAUAAAGAAUUUUCCGCAUGCAGCACCCCUGCAGCUAGAGGUGCCCGACUUCCCGCAAAACCCACAGCAGGGAUCGCACAAAAUCACCCUGGAUAAGGUGAUCUACAUUGAGCAGGGGGACUUCAAGUUGGAACCAGAAAAGGGCUACCGACGCUUGGCGCCCAAGCAAUCCGUAGGUCUCCGACACGCAGGUCUAGUCAUCAGCGUGGAUGAGAUCAUAAAAGAUCCGGCGACGGGAGAGGUUGUGGAACUUAUCUGCACAAGUCAAUCUGCCGAGCAGGCUGAGAAGCCCAAGGCUUUUGUCCAGUGGGUUUCCCAGCCGAUUCAAUUAGAGGUGCGCCUCUACGAGCAGCUUUUCAAGCACAAGAACCCCGAGGAUCCUAACGAAGUGCCCGGCGGUUUCCUGAGCGACAUCAGCGAGCAAUCCAUAUCGGUGGUGGUUGCAUUUGCGGACAAGGCUCUAAGCCAAGCCAAGGUCUUCGAUAAGUUCCAGUUCGAGCGGAUCGGCUUCUUCUCUGUAGAUCCAGACACCACCGCGGAACACAUAGUGUUUAACCGCACCGUGGGCCUAAAGGAAGAUGCAGGCAAGAAGUGAUAAUCACGCAGGAAGUCAAGGACCCAUUAGGACAAGAAAUAAAAUUCGAACCACAUUAAAAAUCGA